UUGCAGAAAGACAGACCCAUCAAUGACUUCAUCACCAAACACCCAUGUCGUGGUCUUCCCUUUCAUGUCUCACAGCCACACCUUCCCAUUGAUAGACCUCUCAAUAGCUCUCUCUCGACACCAAGCAAGAGUCACUAUUGUCACAGUCCCAGCUAAUUCAAGCUUUAUCUCUCCCAGAAUCCAAACCAUCCCUCUCAUAUCCCUCGCCGAUCUCCAUUUCCCCGCCAUUGAUGGCCUCCCCGAAGCUUGCCGUUGUCAAAACCUCUCUGAAAUUCCUUCUCUGCAGUUCUUCGUCUCUUUCCUCACUGCCACCACCCCUUUCAACAGCUCCUCCAAUCCAUGGCGGAUUCCGGCGACCUCCCUUUGUGCGUCAUCACUGAUUACUUUCUUGGUUGGAACGCCAGCAUUUGCCAAGACUUCGGCGUUCCAAGAUUGGUCUUCCAUGCCACCGGCGUUGUGCCAUUUCUCAUCACCAAAGCCAUUAUGGCCAAUGCUGAUAACACGGCUUCUGCUUCCUCUAUCUCUACUCUUAUCCACCGGCUUCUGCCGAAUCUCUGCCGCCGAUGUCCUCGACGUCAAUUUGUCGUCGAACACCGACAGCAACCCGUUCGCCAAAUUCAUAGCCGAGGCAGGGGAGGCUGAAUUGCAGAGUUGGGGGGUCAUUGCCAAUAGCUUUGUCGAGCUCGAAAUCGACUUUAUUUCGCCAUUGGAGUCCUUUUACUCGAAAGGGGCGAAAAUUUGGUGUGUUGGUCCUACUUUUCUCUAUGGACGAGAAAGCACCACCAAUCAUCACAAGGACGAUAACUCUGUUUCCUUGAUGAAAUGGCUCGACGGACGUGCGGCGGAGGCAUCGUAG